AUGUGUACAUCAUCAGAAAAAUUUUCUGAACAAUUUUCUCGUAUUCAACAACAAUUUAAAGAAUGGACACAAUUUGAACAAUUAUGUGCAAUUGUUGAAUUAACACGUACAUUUCAAUCAUCAUAUCAUUAUUUUCUUUUACAAUUAUUUCAAACUAAUAUUCAAUAUGAAAAUGACGAUAUGUUUAAUCAUACAGUUGAUGAUGCAAAUGGACCAGAUAUUGUUGGAUGUUUAUUAUCAAAUUCAUUAGAUAAAAUAUUAUUUACAAUUCAACUUUAUUUACCAUUAAUAUCAAUAAAAACAAUAAAUGAUAGAUUACUUGAUGCAUAUCGUGAUGUUUUAAUUUAUCUUGAUUCAAAUAUUCUUAAUUCAAAAAAAUUUACUUAUACAGAACAACAAAUUAUUAAUUUAUCACAACAAAUUUUAUUUUUUAUUCAAACAAAUAAAUAUUUACAAAAAUUAUCAUUAAAUAUACCACAAUUAAUUAAAUUAAUACAAACAAAUAAAUUUAAUUCCGAUGAACAACAACAACAACAAUGUCAUCAAUCAUUACAACGUUAUUCAUCAAUUCGUUCACAAGUACAACCAUUAAUGAAUUAUUCAUCUGAAGGUUCAUCACAUAAUACAACAUUAUCUCAACAACAACAAUUAACACGUCAUGAAAUAAGUGAUAGUGGAGUUGAUUUAACUGAACCUUCAAUAACAAAUCCAUUACAAAAUUUUUUAUCAACACAAAUUCAACAACAUUCAUUUAUUGAUCGUUCACAACGAACAAAUUUACCAUCAUCAAUAAAUAAACAUUCAUUUGUUGUUAAAACAGCAUCAUCACCAAUACCAGAACAUGCAACAAUAAAUAUAACAAAUCGUAUACCAUUAACAGGUGUAUUAAGUGCACCAUCAUCAACAAUUUAUUCUGAUUAUCGUCAUAAAAAUUCAAAUUAUCAACAACAAAAACAUAAAUUAUUAUUAACAAAAAAUAAUGAAGAUGAACAAGAAUCACAACAUUUAAAUGAUGAUUUUAUUUCAGAAAAAAAUACAAUAAAUGAUAAUAAUUCAAGAACAUUAACACAAUUUCAUUCACUUCGUUAUCCAAAUACAAAAAUUAAUCAAAAUAAAGAUGAUGUAUCACAAUAUUUAGGUGUUGAUGCUAAUUCAACUUCUGCACGAAAUACAUUUACACAACCAAAUACAGGCAUGAGAGAUGUACCAAAAUGGUUAAAACAUCUUCGUUUACAUAAAUAUGAUGUUUUCUUUUCUAAAAUGACUUAUGAUCAAAUGAUGAAUUUAACUAUUGAAGAAUUAAAAGAACUUCGUAUAACUGAUGGUGCAUGUACAAAAAUAUUAUUAAAUAUUAAAAAAUUAAAAGAACGUUCAACAAUAUUAAAACAAUGUCUCAAUGAUAUUGAUGAUGGACAAAUAGAUUUACAAAAUUUUGUUCAACAAUUAAAUGAAUUAAUGAUAACACCAAUACGUUCAAAACAACUUGAACAAGAAAAUAAUAGUGAAGAAGAUUUACCUUCAUUAAUAAUGCAAGUUUUAGAAAAAAUUUAUCAACAAUUAGAACCUAAUUCUUCACCUGAUAUAAGUAAUAGUCUUCUUGGUUUAUUUGAUCGUUGUUAUAGACAUGAAGCUUUUACUGAUGAUCAACGUCAUAUACUUUUACAAUGGCGUCGUCGUUUAUCAAAUACAUUACAAUCAUUAGGUAAAAUUGAAUAUAAAACAAUUCAAUCAGCAUUUAUUCAUACAUCUCAACAACGUCGUCCAGGAAAACCACCUAUAAGACCAGUUAAAAGUUCAACAAAUACAUAUUAUCCAAAUCAUUCAAUUUCAUUAGUUAAAAAUAAAUCUGAACCACAAAAUAAUAAUAAUUUUAUUGAAUCUAAUUUAAUUCAACGUCCAAAUAAAUCUCCAACACUUAUUUAUACAACAAAUGAAGACACAAAUGAUAUGUAUCUUCAAACAUCAUUUACUGGUUUAACAUCAACACCACAACGAAAUAAUGGUGCUUAUUUAGCUAAUAAUCAACAUCAAGCAUUAACACGUAAAGCUAGUAUUAAUCCAUAUGAUGAAACAAAUACAAAUAAUAAAACAAAAUUAUGUAAAACAUUUAGUGAUCCAAAUAGAAUACGUUUUUUUAAUACAACACAAAUUAAUCAUAUGCAAUUAUCAUCAUCACAAUCAAAUCAACAACAAAAUUUAUUUCCUAUGACAUCAACACCUUAUUCACAACAACAAAGACAUUUUAUUUCACGAUCACCACCAACAUCAACAACUAUGGAUAUAACAUCAUCAUCACCUAUUAAAAAAUGUUAUUCAGAUAAUGAAAGACCUAAUUAUUAUGGAAAUAACAACAAUAGUACAUCGUUAUCAGAUACAAGUUAUACUGAAACUACGGAUGAUCAACGCCAUCAUAAUAAAGAAUUUGAAUCAUUGUGUCUUCAAAUAACAGAAAGUGCUAUUAGUGAUGAUAUUAAUGACUUAUCAAUUAAUCAUAAAGAAGAAAUUUCUGAUGUUUCAAAUUUAAAACAAUCUUCAAAUAAUUCAACCGAUACUGAACAAUAA